UCAGUAACCUUAAUUAAUAUUUUAGCAUUGAGGUCUUAAUAAUAGCCUGGAAAUCAUAGCCCACCUUAUCACAUUUAUGAACCUCCAACAAAUCAUAUCCCUCUGACAUUGAUCUUUGCCAUGUAUAUAUAUAUAUAUAUAUAUAUAAAUAUCGGAGGGACCUCAAGGUCCUUUUCCCAUUUGAUUAAGGACAUCUACACAAUUAUUCCUGUUUGCAGGGGUACAAAUGCAAAUUUUCGCAAACAAAAACCAUGCGCGUGAACCUCCCACAGAACAAAAUAGACAUCUCAACAAACAUACCAGAUCUCUUACCAACGUGCAUUCCACAACUUCUCUGGUCCUAAAUUUCAUACAAGAGGCCACCCAAAUAGCUCUCCACACAAAGAAUCACCAGCAAUUCCAAUGUCUCAUCCCUCGCCAAGCCCACCGAGGUACGGCAUCAGCAUGUCCGAGACCUCCGGCAGCCCAAGCUCAACCCCCAGCCGGAGUCCUCAGCUACCCAUCACACUCCUGCCAGCACGAAAAAAACACCCCCCGAAGUCCGCAAAGAUAUUCAGAGCCAUUCGCUCGAUCGUCCGCUCAUUCCCAAUCAUCUCUCCAGGCUGCCGGUUCCAUGCAAAUAUCCCCCGAGGAAACACUUCGCAUGAUAGCCAUAUCCAAGGAGCUACUUGCACCACCGGCACCCUAUUCGGCCAUCGCAAAGCUCGUGUCACACUAGCUAUUCAAGAAAACCCAAGGAGCAUACCUUGGCUAUUGCUCAAGCUGGGGAUCCCCACCACGAAACUCUUGCAGGAGGUGACCUCAAGCCUAAGGAUCGCUCUGGAGUGCGAGAAGCUGGUUGGUAGCAAGACGAAGAUCCUUGAUGAACCAGUGUGGACAGCCUUCAUCAAUGGUCGCAAGAUUGGCUAUGCGGCCAGAAGAGAGCCGACAGACACCCAUCUUAGCAUUAUGCAGUUGCUCCAUGCCAUAUCCAUGGGGGCCGGCGUACUGCCGGAUGAGCUAACUGAUCCUGUUGAUGGUGAGCUGACCUACAUGCGAGCUCACUUUGAUCGUAUCAUAGGAAACAGAGAUUCUGAGACAUUUUACAUGUUUAACCCCGACUCCAAAAGUGGGCCGGAACUCAGCAUAUUCUUUGUAAGAAUCUAAUAAAACAAACUGUAAAGCAAAUGCAAGCAGACU